CUGACAGCCAUGAAUGCGUGCACUAUCGAUUUGUACUACCUCCCAGCUUGGCAGCUUGCCGUGCUAGCAAACAAUCUCACGGAGAAAAUCUCAGCCUCUGAAGCGGAGAUGCAAAGGCUCAGCUUGGCUGAAAAGGAGGCCGCUCAACGUAAAUGUGCACAAUGGUAUCGGGAGCGUGCUGAGCUACAUGAAAUAUAUGAAAUUGUCUCGGCGAAAGAGAUGUGGAAGGUGUUCGACCCCCCACCAACUUCGUGGGUUGAAAAGCUGGUGGAGCGUUGGUUUCCCUCCAACCCAAAGGACAAGAUCGUUUGA